UUUGUGCCAACAUAUAAUGUUUUGCUGAGUGUUCGAAAUUUCAGCCCUCUUUUAACUAACUGGAUAUUGAUACUUUGAUAGGGAAUGGGAGCUAAGAGUCUAUGUAGAUUGUUAGUUGAACUUAUCUUUAGGUAUCCAUUGCAGCAUUGAGUUGUUGGUUAGCUGCUUAUGUUCGUACAGCGCAUUCAGGACCUCCAGAACACCUAGCUUUCAUGCUAAAAUGAUUAUUAAAGUUACAUUUCGACUAAACGAAAACUUUAGUUAUGACCGGAUCAUCAUAUCAUAACACGGAUUGUGGAUUGAGCCCUGAUUCACCAAGUAUGUCCCUUAUAUGGAUCAUGGUUUAGAUUGGAUAGACUUAUGAGUAAUUUGUAUGAUUAAUCAAGCUGGCAAUUUUGCUAUGUUGACAGGAGAAUUUGUUGGUUGUAGCUCCUCCGUUUUCAAUAUUGUGCCUGUGUUCUUUACCUUAUCGCUUACCAGUCGACCUUGGGUACUCUCUCUGCUCCCAGAUUUCAAAGGAAAAUCUGUUUUGGAGCUAGGUGCAGGUAUUGGUCGCUUCACUGGUGAGUUGGCUAAGGAGGCUGGUCAAGUGAUAGCGCUAGACUUCAUUGCGAAUGUUAUCAAGAAGAAUGAAGCCAUCAACGGUCACUACAAGAAUGUCAAGUUUAUGUGCGCUGAUGUAACAUCUCCUGAGCUGCAAAUUUCUCCAGGAUCUGUCGAUCUUAUAUUCUCAAACUGGCUUUGGCUUUUAAUGUAUCUCUCUGAUAGUGAGGUAAUCAGUUUUUUCUCAACUUCGUCCUGUUGCACACUCUAUUUCUAGAUGUAAAUAUCUACAGUGCUAAUGGUUGUCUGAAGUUCUGUAAAACUGAUCUUCUGUGAUAACAAACAAUAAUGAUUAUAAUUGGAAAUUUGAUCUUGUUUU